AGAUUUUUUGGAGGGGUUUUUGAUACAGCGACUGUGGGUUGUGGGGCUGUCUUACUUUUGUGGUUUUUUAUUUGAAAUAAAGAGCAACACCAAAAAAUGGAAGCUUUAGACUCACUUAAGAGCGGUAGUUGAGCUCUCACUAAAGUUCGUUUCUGCUCUUCAAAUCUGUGGAUCUUCUUUUGAAUUUAUCUUUUUUCUCCAUCUGGGUACCAUUUGCUUCUGAGUUUUCGGGUUCUGGGGUGGUCUGUAAGCAUUUUAUUUUGUUUUUUGGCGGCUGUGUUGGGAUGGAGGAGCGUUAUGAGCCAUUGAAGGAACUUGGGUCUGGGAAUUUUGGGGUUGCGAGGUUAGUCAGAGAUAAGAAGACCAAGGAGCUUGUUGCAGUCAAAUACAUAGAGAGGGGGAAGAAGAUUGAUGAAAAUGUUCAGAGGGAAAUUAUCAACCAUAGGUCUCUGAGGCAUCCAAAUAUCGUUCGGUUCAAGGAGGUACUCUUGACACCAACACAUUUAGCUAUUGUCAUGGAAUAUGCAGCUGGUGGUGAACUCUUUGAGAGAAUAUGCAGUGCUGGCCGUUUUAGUGAGGAUGAGGCUAGAUUUUUCUUCCAGCAGCUAAUAUCUGGAGUCAGCUACUGCCACUCAAUGCAAAUUUGUCACAGGGACCUGAAACUAGAAAAUACGCUCUUGGAUGGAAGUGCGACGCCACGUCUUAAAAUAUGUGACUUUGGUUAUUCCAAGUCUGCCAUAUUGCACUCACAACCCAAAUCAACCGUUGGAACACCAGCAUACAUUGCCCCUGAGGUCUUGUCACGAAAGGAGUAUGAUGGCAAGAUUGCAGAUGUCUGGUCCUGUGGCGUGACGUUGUAUGUGAUGUUGGUAGGAGCAUAUCCAUUUGAGGAUCCUGACGAUCCUAAAAAUUUCCGGAAGACCAUCAGUAGAAUAAUGAGUGUUCAGUAUUCUAUACCCGACUAUGUACAUGUCUCUGCUGACUGCAGGCACCUCCUCUCUCGAAUUUUUGUUGCCAAUCCCUCAAAGAGGAUUACUAUCCCAGAGAUAAAAAUACAUCCAUGGUUUCUUAAGAACUUGCCAAAAGAUCUGAUUGAAGGUGAGAAAAACUAUGUGAAUGCAAACCUUGAUCAACCCUCUCAGAGUAUUGAAGAAGUAAUGAAAAUUAUACAAGAGGCACAGAAACCAGCGGAUGGUUCCAAAGUAGGGCAGUCUGCUCUGGGGGUGAUGGAACCUGAAGAAGCAGAGGCUACUGGUGAAUCUGAAGUCGAAAGCAGCAGUGACUUCGUAACCUGUGUGUGAUCACACGUCGUGCCAAGCAACCUCAGGAUGAGAUGUGUGCAUCAGUAGCAUUUGUGGUAGUGUUUGUAUUCUCAUCCAUAAAGAUGUACAUUGUAUAUUAUUGUCUAUGCUGCAAUUUUUUUUUUUCUCUGCUGAAGUUUAAUUUCUGGGAUAGAAGUGCUGCUUCUUUUUUUUUUUUUUUGGGGUGUAAUUGGUGUGCUGAAAUUGUAGUGUGGUUGAAAUAAUUGUUUUGGAGGAAUGAAUUAGUUGUGGAGUUUGCUUUGUAUUUUCUUUCUGUUUAUGCAGCCAUGUAAAUUAUAGAUUUAACUAUUUACAUGCACAUUUCUCUUC